UCCGACCCGCCUCUUCUAUAAGAACCCAUCGGGGACCAAGAAGUUUUUUAAUCACCGAGAAAAACUGAAGAAUUGAGAUUCAUCUGUGCGAGCUUCGAUCGAAGAGAAAAUGGCGGCUGAAGGAGAAGUGAUCGCUUGCCAUUCCGUUGAGGCCUGGACCGAGAAGUUCAAAGAGGCCAACGAAUCUAAGAAAUUGGUCGUGAUAGAUUUCACCGCUUCGUGGUGCCCACCAUGCCGUUUCAUUGCACCGGUCUUUGCAGAACUGGCAAAGAGAUUCCUCAAUGUAGUGUUCUUCAAGAUUGAUGUGGAUGAGUUGCAGUCUGUUGCUAAGGAAUUCGAUGUGGAGGCGAUGCCGACAUUUGUGUUCCUGAAGGAAGGGACUGAAGUAGAGAGGGUGGUCGGUGCUGACAAAGUGAAGAUCGAGCAGACACUGAACAAACACGCCGCUACUACUGCCUCGGCUUGAUCCCUAUCCGAAGACAUGCUUUGUUGCUCUUUCUAUGUGUUUUGUUCUGUUUGCAUCUUUGGUUAUGUUAUGGUAAUAACAAAACCUUGUAGCCUAUCCUAUCUGAAUGCUUUAUGAACCGAUUUAUGUCCCCUUUCUGCUGUCUAACGUAGCUUGAAUGAAUCAUCGGAGAUUUCAUUACGAGUUUA